AUGCGUCAGCUCUGCAAUGACACGGAUGCCGUGUUGCCUGCUCUGCUGGCGGAUGGAGCGCAAGACCACUUUGGUCAGGCAGGUGCUGGCCGACUCGGACUUGUGAACAACGCGCCGCGCAUUGUGGCGGGCGAUAGCGUAGCGUCGAAGGCUAGCGUGCUCGGCCUUCCCAUCGUGACAUUUGACGUUGUGUGGGUAGAGGGCUUGGGUAUUCCCUAUGUGCGGUGCCAAAUGACGCUGGCGGAGUAG